AUGACAGCCACGGCAGCUCAAGAACUCGACGAGCUAUGUUUCCUGUCAGCACAGUCCUUGCCCAGCCUGAAAGUAUCCAAACACUUCCAGGUGCUGAAGCUCCUGGGACAGGGAUCGUACGGAAAAGUCAUGCUGGCCGUGCACAGGAAGAGAGGAACUCCCAUGGCUCUGAAGUUCUUCCCCCGCCAGUCUACCUCCCUCACCUCCUUCCUGCGUGAAUACAACCUCUCCCUUUCUUACUGCACCCAUCCUUCUCUGACGCGGGCCGUGGGCAUCUUCUUCUCCACGCCAUCCUACUACGUUUUUGCCCAGCAGGCGUGUCUCUAUGGCGAUCUCUACAGUGUCAUUGUGUCAGAGGUUGGGGUGGAUGAGGACUGCGUCCAGAGGGUGAUGGCCCAGCUGAGCGGUGCCGUCACACACCUCCACUCGCUGGGCUUCGUCCACCGUGACAUCAAACCCGAGAACAUCUUCCUGUGCGACAGCUCCUGCCGCUGGGUGAAGCUGGGGGACUUCGGUCUGACUCGGGCUGCCGGCACCACCGUUCGAGCCGUGUGGUACGAGUCGCCCUUCUGCACUCCGGAGGUGGAAGCUGCCAAGACGGCCGAGAAGGAGAUGGAGAGGAGGCUGAAUGAGGGGAUUGAGGAGGAGGUGGAGGACAUCUGGAUUACAGUGCAGCCCUGCAUUGACAGCUGGGCCCUCGGGGUCCUCGUCUACUGCCUCCUAACUGGCUGCUUCCCCUGGGAGGAGAGCACUCAUGGUGACCCCGGCUACUGCAAAUACAAGAAGUGGUUUGACCGCGAGGCCGAGAGGAACAAACUAAGAGAUGGGAAGUGGAGGGAUGAGGAGGACAACUACACAAUCAUGGAGCAGAGGCAGAAAGACAACCCUCCCCCCUCUCAGUUCGAGGGCCUCAGUCCAUUGGUGAUGACUCUUUUAAAGGAGCUGCUGCACCCUGAGCCCCAACACAGAGGAACCCCGGAGGAGAUCCUGAGCUACCUGGGCGGGCCGUGGCUCAUGGAGACUGCCAAGGAGGAGAGGAAGAGGGCAGAGGAGGCUGAGAAGGAAGCCAGGAAAAUCAGGGAAACAGGAGGAGUGGAGGAGGAACUGCUCAGGGAGGGAAGAGGAGAGAGAUGA